UUUAUUCAAGAUGGAAGACGAUGAGAUUGUCAUGAGUUCCGGUGAUGAAUCGGAAGAAAUGGGUAAUGAAGAUGGAAAUUGUAAUUUGAAUAAUGAAUUAGAAACAUAUCUUCCCGGAAAAACUGUUGAUGAUGAUGAUGAUUUGGAAUACGAUGAAACGGCUUAUGUGCUGUACCAUCACGCUCAGACAGGUGCUCCAUGUUUGAGCUUUGAUAUUAUUAAAGACAGUCUUGGUGACAAUCGAGCUGAUGCAUUUCCACUAACAGCAUAUUUAGCUGCUGGUACACAAGCCCAAAGAUUACACACAAAUAAUGUCAUAGUUAUGAAAAUGAGCAAUUUACAUAGAAUAAAAAUUAAAAAGAAUACUUUGGAGGAUGAAAGUGAUAGUGAAAGUGAUGAAGAAUGUGAAGAUGAUAAGCCAGAACUUGAAUGUGCAAUGAUUCCUCAUCAAGGAUGUGUAAAUAGGAUUAGGGUGAGAAAUUAAUUUUUGU